AUGGCCUUCAACGAGAUGCCCUUGGCGCUGGCAGCAGCACAAGUGCUCUAUUUGUAUGGCUGGUUCGCCAGGAGCGGUGAGAUUCUGCGACAAAACGUCAUCUUGGCAGCUCAGUUGUUUCACGUGAGUAUCAACUAUGCAGGUUGCUCCAGGGAUCUUCCCUCAGAUCACUGGCUGUACCUGGCCUGUGAUGUACGCUUUGGUCACGCAGCGAUGUUGUACACAUGGUUGGCUCAGAGUGAGGGCCGCGGAUACAACGAAUUUCAUGAACAAGGUCAACAGUUGUUGUCGUACUUGAAGACAGUUCCGCGAUUCGCUGAAGCUGCAAAGACGUGGACAUCAGCGUUUGAUAUCAAUUUCAACCAGUUUCGGUAUCCCGACAUUAUUUCAAAGCCGAUUUGGAAUGCAAGCAAAGUUCCUCUUGCUGUUUUUCUAGAAGAGCACUAUGCCACUUUCCGCGCUGAGUUGGAAGCCAUCAUCAAUGCAGGUGACGUAGAAGAUGGUUAUGAAGCCAUUCGUCGCGCAGAUGUGUCGGUGGAAUCCUUGUCCACACCUGGUGGAUGGGACGCCAUUCGCAUCGUGCGCUAUGGCGAUUGGAACGAAGCCUUCUGUACCUUUGCGCCAAAGACUUGCGCAUUGCUACGAACUCGGAAGGAGUUGGUGAAUUGUCCAUAUGUGAAUACCAACUACUACAAGCUUUUUCCAGGUGCUCAUUUGAAGCCGCACUUCGGCAAUGCGCCACGACUCACCGCCCAUUUGGCGGUGAUUGCUCCGGAACCCCUGCGAUCAGGCAUCAGCGUGGGGAGCGCGCAGAGUUUGUGGAUCGAGGGGAAGUCCAUGGUCAUUGACGACACCUUCCCACAUUCAGUUAGCCACUGGGGAAAACUUCCCAGAUACGUUUUGGCCACAUGGUUCUGCCAUCCUUGUGAUGAGAACCAUGACAGUGGUCAGAUUUGCGCUGAAACACUUUAG